UGUACCAGGCUGCAGAAGUUAAGGAUGCCCAUCUAGAAGUGAAGGAGAAAGCCACUGACCCAAUUACCUAUAGGAAUCUCCCCAAAACCGCAUGUGUGAGCAUGUGCGUGACACGUGACGUUUACUAACCAAUCGUCAUGUUAACGUCAGGUCACGUAAAGACUUAUAACCACGUACAUGUAUAAAAAAUCAGGGUGCACGUGGUUAGCACGUUCGCCUCACACCUCCAGGGUCGGGAGUUCGAUUCCCACCGUGGCCCUGUGUGUGUGGAGUUCUCCCCGUGCUGCGGGGACUUCCUCCGGGUACUCCGGUUUCCUCCCCCAGUCCAAAGACAUGCAUGGUAGGCUGAUUGGCAUGUCCAAAGUGUCCACAGUGUAUGAAUGGGUGUGUGAAUGUGUAUGUGAUUGUGCCCUACGAUGGAUUGGCACCCUGUCCACGGUGUACCCCGCCUUGUGCCCGAUGCUCCCUGGGAUAGGCUCCAUGUUUCCCCGUGACCCUAAAAAGGAUAAAGCGGUAUAGAAGAUGGAUGGAUGUAUAAAAAUCAAAGAUACAAAUUGUCCAUGGCCAGUUUUAUUUAAGAAUUCACGUUUUAUUAAAAGAUACGCCCAUGUACAUGUACUUGUCUUUUUUCUCUCUCUCUCUCUCCCUCUCUCUCUCUUUUCCACUUUGCCAAAGCACAUACCAUUCCUCUAGGAAUAACUUGAUUGCACUGGAAGCCGCAGGACAGCCUGUAUGUAAUAAUAAAGCUCUGAUUUGAGAAUAAACGCGUGUGCUCUAGUGUGGGACAUGUCAGGAGGUGAAGAAGAUUACGCAAUCUCUGUCUUACUUCCUCAUGAAGCUCGGCCAAGGCGUGGACCAGUCAAUGAGUUGUGAGUAUCCGUCUAAAAACGAAUGAAGAAACGUUUUACCGUCGACUACUGCCAGUUUGUGGAGUUUGUAACUUUGUUGGAGAACUAAACUGACUGAUAUUACACUUCAAAUGGAAUAUUACUGAAAUUGGCACGUGAACGACGUGAAAGCGGAGGGUGUCCUAACAAACAGAGCGAGGUUUUGUUAUACUGUAGGUGCUUUUCAGAUCGUGGUGAUGAUCAAGAGGUUUUGAGGAACAGUGACAGUCAUUUUCCUUAGGCUGCACAAAGGACAGCAGACACAAAGAUGCUAUUCGGGGCUUGGGCAUUCUUAGCAUGUGUCUGGCUCCAGAUUCAUGUGAUCUUGAAUGCUGAAACCUGUCCUGUAGACCAACGAAAGGCUGUUGAUUUUACUGUUCCAUAUCCCUCGCGUCAUUUCCAAACUUUGAAACCCAUCCAGAACAUAGUGGCGAACAAAGAAUUGUCUGAGAUAUAUAUAGCCUCACAGAACGUGAUCGAGGCCCUGAACAACAGUCUUGAGAAGAUAUGGGAGUUACACACUGGUCCUGUUGGCAGUCCAGAUUGUCAGACCUGCCACUGUGUUAGUACGGCUGAUCCAAAUGCAUCAGUGGACACAGAUAAUCAAAUUCUACUUCUGGACCCUAAAUCUUUUUUGCCGUUCCUGUACAUAUGUGGGAGCAAUCAGUAUGGGAGCUGUACUUUUGUUGAAGUUGACAAAGACGUAAAACCAUCUGAAGUCAAAUGUCUUUUCAAUAAAGAGAGUAACUCACCCACAAACUGUCAUGAUUGCAUUGCUAGUCCUCUAGGCACGAAAGUCAGCAUUGUAGAAGAAGGCCAGACAUCUUUUUUCUUUGUGGCUGCCACCAUCAACAGCACGAUUGCAAAAGAUUACGACAGACGUUCUAUCUCAAUGCGACGUCUUCUUGCCACAGAAGAUGGAUUUGAUUCCAAUGUCAAGGGCCUUACAGUACUUCCUAGUUUCCAGGAUCCCUACCCUAUUGAAUAUAUUUAUACAUUCUCCACACAGCAAUACACCUACUUCUUGUCUGUCCAGAGAGAGAACCCCUUAGACAAAACUUCUGAUCUCCAGACUCAUCUCGGACGGCUGCCAAAUGGCGAUAGCGAAGCAUGGAUGUAUCGAGAGGUCAUCUUAGAGUGCCAAUUCAGGCCCAAACGGAAGAAGAGGAGCUCUGAGAACGUUUUGUACAAUGUAGCCCAAGCAGCCCAUUUCAGCAUAGCAGAGAAGGACCUGGCAAAAGAACUAGGCAUAAACAAUGAGAAAGAGAAUAGUGUCUUGUACAUAGUAUUUACUGUUACCGAUAAAAAGGGAAAUCCUACUAGAAGGUCUGCCCUUUGCGCAUUUCCCAUAGUGAAUGUAAACCUAUUCAUCAAAAAUGGUUUGGAUGCAUGCUGCAACAGUGGAUAUGGACGAAUCUCCCGGGGUUUGUCUCACUUUCAGCCGAGCACUAGCUGUCCUCGUGAGCGAGGAAACAGACAAGAAUGUGAAGCUAUGCCCACCAUGGUGGCUACUCCUCACUCUAGAACAGACUUCUUCAGUGGGCAGAUAGCAGACCUGCUCACCUCCAUUUUGGUUACCACUAUUGGUAAUGACACUAUAGCACAUAUUGGCACUGAACGUGGAAGACUACUACAGGUCAUUCUGACAUUGUCAAGCCCUAUUGUGUUUGCCAACUACUCUCUUGUGGAAGAGCCAGAGAGAGUGUCACGCAUUGCUGCAGUGCAGUCUGAGGAGUCUUUGCUCUUCGUGGUUGGAAACAAGAUGGUGACUGUGUCUCCUAAAGGACCAGGAUGCACACAUCUGCUGACUUGUUCCAAGUGUAUGCAGGCCCCUCGCUUUAUGGGCUGUGGAUGGUGUGACGGGGUCUGCUCAACAAUGACUGAGUGCCGGGGUCAGUGGAGUAAUAACACCUGCCCUCCAUUUAUCACCAAGUUUUUUCCAGACACGGCACCACCUGAUGGUGAAACAGAGAUUACGUUGUGUGGCUACGAUUUACAGUCUCCCAUGAAACCUGCCAUCACUACAUCUACUCACCAAGUCACUGUGGGACAGACCAGCUGCAUCGUAAUUCCAGAAAAGAGUAAAAGCACCCAGGUGGUAUGCAGGAUCCUUCCUCAGUCCUCAGAUGUAACGCAAAAUGUGGACAUUAACAUUAAUGUGAAUGAGGAGAGAAUGGAGCGUGGUUACUUCAUCUCUGGACAGGCACGCGUGCAAGGAUUCAGUUUUGUGACACCAGUCGUCACCGAUAUCAGUCCCAACUUUGGGCCCAAGAUUGGAGGCACCAGGAUUACACUGUCAGGGAAACAUCUGGAUGCUGGACAAACAAGAACAGUCUUUAUGGGGGACAAGAGCUGCCCUGUUGAAAGCACAUCCAACAAUGGGACCUGGUCCUCUGUAGUGUUCGUGUCUGAGGGAGUGGAUGAUCUGACAGAGGUGAAUGUGAAACUUCUAAUUGACAAAUCAGUUAUAUUUGCAACCAAACAAUUCAGCUACAGGAAGAAUCCUAAGGUGAAAGAGCUGAAGCCUAACUGCAGCUUCAGCAGAGGUUCCAAAAUCAUCAUACUGGGGGAAAAUCUGGACACCGCAUCCCAGACUACAAUUUAUUACAAACCCAAUAACUCGAAUCCUGUCCAAAGUGUGUGUGUGGGUCCUGUGAGCCCAACGCAGAUGGAGUGUGUGAGUCCAGCAUGUGAGGAUUCAAGUGGUGUCCUCUCAGUGGACAUGGAUGGAGCUAAAAAUCUUAUUUCACUGCCUUUUUUCUGCUACCCCAAUGGCAAGCCUAUCCCCUUUGAACAUGAUGACAACGUGCUUCAUCUUGAACCUGGGACGGACAGAGUCUCACUGCAUCACGAGAGACUGUAUAGGGUGAGCCAUUGCAUGGACAUCAUCAUGACAAUAAACGGCAUGAACUGCAAUGCUCAUGUUCGGGAAAAUGAAAUCUUCUGCAGAAUCCCUAAAAAUAUUCAGAUCCCCAAAGAGGGGGCACCAGUCAGGGUGUCAGUGAACGGGGAGAUAUAUGAAGUUGGCCGGGUGAUAUAUUCCAGCAGCAACCUCCAUGUUGGCAUCGUGUUGGGUAUUCUUACAGCACUGGCAGUAGGGGCUGCUUUCGCAUUCAUAGUAAUGACCCAUCUGCGCAAGAGGAAGAAAGCUAUGCAGGCAGAGCAGCGGUUGUCAAGGUAUUCCUCUCACAUUGGGGAAAUUUCACCUGAGGGAGACUACAGACGAGAGUUCUCCUUUGGUACCUUGCGUGGAUCGGGCAUGGCAUUCAACGGGUUGGUGUAUGCCAGUGGUGUAGACCCUGCUGCUAUUCCUCUGGUGUCAACUCAGACCAUAUCCCUGUCAGCCCUGCGGCCUGAGCUGCUGGAGGAGGUAAAGGAUGUGCUGAUCUCUCCUGAGCAGCUGAGUAUUCAGCAGGAUGACAUCAUUGGGAAAGGUCAUUUUGGAACAGUUUAUCAUGGCCACCUUAAAGAUAACGAGAACCAUGAAAUUCACUGUGCAGUGAAGUCAUUAAACAGGAUUACAGAUGUGGAGGAGGUGGAGCUCUUCUUGAAAGAGGGCAUCCUUAUGAAAGCCUUUCACCACCCUCAUGUUCUCUCAUUGCUUGGAAUCCUGUUACCUGCUGAUGGCCUUCCUCUUGUGGUCCUGCCAUACAUGAAACACGGAGACCUCCGGCACUUUAUCCGCUCUAAAGAAAGGAGUCCCACAGUAAAGGACCUGAUUGGUUUUGGGCUUCAGGUUGCUAAGGGAAUGGAGUAUUUAGCACAGAAGAAGUUUGUGCACAGAGACCUGGCAGCACGCAACUGCAUGCUGGAUGAGACGUUUACAGUCAAGGUGGCUGACUUUGGCAUGGCACGGGACAUCUUAGAUAAAGAGUAUUACAGCAUUCAAGACCACAAAAGAGCCAAACUACCUAUCAAAUGGAUGGCCAUUGAGAGUUUACAGACUCAAAAAUUUACCACCAAAUCUGAUGUAUGGUCAUUUGGUGUGUUAAUGUGGGAGAUGCUGACCAGAGGAGCAAGUCCAUAUCCUGACGUUGACCCAUAUGAUAUGACACCUUAUCUUUUACAAGGACGGCGACUGCCACAGCCUCAGUACUGCCUCGACUCCCUUUGGUUUAUCCUGUUGAAGUGUUGGAGCCCCGAGCCUGAUUGCAGGCCAACCUUCUCCAUGCUGGUGAAGAAUUUACAGGAGAUUCACUCUAUGUUGGAAGGAGAACACUAUGUUAAUCUACAGGUAACUUACGUUAACCUGGAGCAAGGACGCCCAUACCCCUCUAUUGCUUGGGCAUCUCCAUCACUACCUGAGUGCCACAGCACUGAAACACUGGACCGGUUGGAGAAUAGUGGAGAAACUUAACCUUCAGCCAACAUCACUGAGGGGUUCAUUUAAAGACACUUGUGGAAUGUAUGAAUCAGAAUGUCAUUUGGACAGAGUUUGGGGCACUAAGACAACUGGCAGUUUGGCAGUUUACAGUAUGGAGUUACUAUUCUGCCAAAAGUAUUAAAUACCCACAUUAAAACACCCAACAUUAAUCCAUCAUGUUAGGUGAAAUGCCACAGUCCCUUGAAUGGGCAUGGCUAAGGUUCAGAAGACUUGUCACUCCAAACUCUAUCUGCUCAUUAGACAUUUAUAGUGCCUUGCUCAUAGACAAUCACACCUGUGUAAAAUGUGCCAAACGUUAGAAGCAAAGGAUGAAUUUCAGAUGUAAAGGAUUCAGGAAGUUAAAAAAAAAAUCCACUGACCAAAAAAAAAGAAAAUGAGAGAAACAAUAGUUAAGGGAGCUAAUUAUUUUAUUUUAUUUUGUAAGUUAGAAUGAAUUCUUUGUUGAAUUUUCAAGAUGUUGCCAGAUUUUGAUGUUAAUGAUUUUGAUAAUAUUUAAUUCGCUGCUGUGUCAUUUUUGACUGCAACUUCCACUUUUGUAACAAGAUUAACUCCACUUUACAGUUUACAGUAACAUCACAUGCGCGAGCCGUCACACUCUAUGUGAUGACUAUGAAACUGGAAUCUGGUACCACCUUUAAUCUCAGGUUUGCUCUAGUCAUUCUGGACUAGAUGUUUACUGUAUUCGGAACACAUAUGUAAUCUUAUUUUGCACUGAACUGUAGUUCAUUUGUUUUAUAUUGCUACUUUGCAUUAGCAUUAGCAUUGUAUUGUUACUUGUUUUGAGUUUGAACAAAUGCCUUACAUGUCUCUCUUCAUGCUUUUCAUUAUCCCACAUACCAAAAAUGUUCAAAGAGAGUCUAUGUUUAUUGAAUGUAGAGCAGUUACAGUAUACUGAAAUAGCCAGUGAUUACAUGAUCCUGAUGUUUACUCAAAAUAUGAUGAGACUACUGUUCUUUCUAAAAUAGACCAUGUGUCUUUUACCUUCAUUUUUUUACCUGGGCCAGUUCUAAUUAUCUGAUGAUGUAGGGAACAAAUCGAUUAAACGUUGUUCCAAAGAAUUAAGUGAAAACAUGGGCAAAUUAAAAUAAGCUUGCAAAAUUAUGUAUGGUUAUUUGAGGUUAUUCCUAACCUUGGAUUCCUUGAAAAAAUGACAGUUGACGCCAACGGUUUACAUACACUUAAGCUAAAAAUAUGCAAUCAGUUUUUCACAACUCCACAUGUUUCAUGUUACCAUACAUUUCUUUUGGCCAAGCAAUUAAUGCAUUUACUUUUUUCAAAUCAGAGGCAAUUUUUAAACAACUGAUUUAUUUCAGCUUAAAUUCACUAUAUCGCAAUUCCAGUGGGGCAAAAGUUUACAUACAUCAGGUUGACUUUCUCUUUAAACAGUCAGGAAGAUUCCAGAAAUUGAUGUAAUGACUUUUAGAGGCUUCUAAUUGAGCAGUUCACAUGAUUAGGAGUUAUUUGGGUUCAUACUUGUGUCUGAAAAGGGCCUACCUUUAGAGCCAGUGCAAUUUUGCCCUUGAUACUAUGGGAAAUUCAGCCAGGACCUCAGAAAACAAAUUCACAAAUCACAGGAGCGAUUUACAAACAACUCAAGGUACCAUGAGAAGCUGUGCAAACAAUUGUGUGCAAAUAUAAAAAUCUUGGGAUUACAUAGACGCUGCAUCAUGCAGUAAGGAGGAACAAAUAAACAACAAAAAAAACUGGUGACGGAAUUGGAGGCAUCUGGUAUCAAAAUAUGUACAUCCACUAUCAAAAGAGUCCUACAUCGUCAUGUCUUGAAAGAUUGGCAUACAAGCUUUUAUUCUGAAGAACACCAUCCCAACUGUGAAGCAUGUUGUAGGGGUGCUUUCCUCAAAAAGGGCCUGGUGCACUUUAGAAAAGAGAUGAAGGAUAAUUAUCUAGAAAUCCUGACACAAACCCUCAAUAUCAGCCAAAAUGUUUAAACAACUGGGUCUUCCAGGAGGACAAUGAUCCUGAGCAUACCUCCAAAGAUGUAAAUAAAUGGCUUAAAGAAAACAAAGUACUGGAGUGGCCAUCACAAAGUCCUGGCCUGAAUCCCAUAUACAAUUUGUGAAAGGAAAAAGCAUGUCUGAGUAACGAGGCCCACAAACCUUACAGUUACACCAGUUUUGUAGUAAUUGACUUAACACAGGAAAUGUAUGGUGACAUGAAAAAAAAAAAGUUUAAAUUUCUUUCGCCGGGGUCUAUGUAAACUUUUCACUGCAGCUUUAGGCAUCUCAAAACCAAAAGACAGUCCCCUCCAAAAGUAUUGAAAUGGCAAGGCCAAUUCUUUUGUCCUUGCCAUACACUGAAGACAUUUGGGUUUGAGAUCAAAAGAUGAAUAUGAGAAAAUAGAUCAGAAUUUCAGCUUUCAUUUCCUAAUAUUUAAAUCUAGAGGUAAAUAGAUGUUAACCAACUUAGAACCUGACAACUUUGGUGAAAAACCAUCCCUUUUUAGGUAAGCAAAAGUAUUGGAACAGAUCGUAACCAUCUUAAAAUAAAUAAUUCUUAUUAUUUGGUUAUAUAUACACAUAUCCCUUGCUUUCAUUAACUGCAUCAAUCUGGCAACCCACUGACAUCACCAAACUGUUGCCCAUAUUGCUGCUAUGUCAUGUGCUAUGCUAUGUGUUUUUUUUAAAUACAGUUCUAGGUUUCCAUACAUUACAAAUGUUAAAAAUGUACGUUCCCUACUGCAGUGCUCCCGACUCACUUCAUGAUCUUCAGUAUUAUCUGAUGAGUUUAGUCUGAUAUAGCAGAGAAAAUACAAAAAUGUGUCUUUUAUUGGACAGGUAGAUGCAAUGUGGUAGGAUACACUGGGCCUAAUUACUAUAAAAGCUUUGACAAAUUCAAAAUAGUGUAAAUGGAAUGAGGAGAUCUUUUGCAUUAUCUAAUUUGUAUUUACUAGGAAUUACAAUAAACAGAAAACAUUCUCCUUUUUUACCAAAAACAUUCAUCUUUUUUUUCAAAACUUGAAGUAAUCUACAUUGAGGAAUUCUGUUUGUACACAUCUUCGUUCUAAGCACCAACAGAGGUCAGUAUAGCCUAAACAAUGUGAGUGUUAAGCGCGUUGUAUUAUCUCUAUAUGUACAGUGAGGGA